CCCCGCCCGGCCUCGGCGUGGCGCCCUCCCCGCGGGGCUGCCGGCGAGGGGCCCUCUCGCCGCUGAGGUGGAGCCGCGGGCCCCGCCGCCGCCGCUCCUGCCCCCUCCCUCCCUCCUCCCCUCCCCCUCCCCUCCGGUCCUGUCUCCAGCGGGAGCGCGAGACGCUGGUCAGGCUCCGCGGCGCAGCUCGAAAAGGAAUAAUCGCCCCCGAUUGACUGAAAUUCCUCCGGAGCCGGCGCCGCGGCCGCCCGCGCCCGAGACCGCGCUCCGGGGCCGCGUCCUCCUUUCCUCCGGAAAACGCUCGCGACCCAGGGCCGCCGGCGGCCGCGACUCUGCUGUGUCGAUCGCCUGAGUCCGUUUUCACCGUUUGCGGGAUCUGGAACCGAGUUACAUGCAUGUCCAGUGGGGGCAGGUUUAAUUUUGACGACGGAGGGUCCUACUGUGGAGGCUGGGAGGACGGCAAGGCGCACGGCCAUGGCGUCUGCACCGGCCCCAAGGGCCAAGGCGAAUACACCGGCUCGUGGAGCCACGGCUUCGAGGUGCUGGGCGUCUACACCUGGCCCAGCGGCAACACGUACCAGGGCACCUGGGCGCAGGGCAAGCGCCACGGCAUCGGCCUGGAGAGCAAGGGGAAGUGGGUGUACAAGGGCGAGUGGACGCACGGAUUCAAGGGGCGCUACGGGGUGCGGGAGUGCGCGGGCAACGGGGCCAAAUACGAAGGGACUUGGAGCAACGGGCUGCAGGACGGCUACGGGACCGAGACCUACUCGGACGGAGGUGGUUGGACGCGGACUAGCGCUGUCGAAGCAGGCUGCUGGAGGGAGGAGGGAGGCCCAUCUGCUCAGCGAGAGCCCAGGAAUCUCGUCUUUCAGUGGCUGCAUCGUUUUCACCAUUAGUUGAGGGAAUCGAUCUGUGCCUUCAUUCUAAGAUGCCACCACAUUCGGGGCAGAGCCGGGGCCGGAAGCCAGGGAGCUGCCUGCUGCUGCUGCUGUUGCUGCUGCUGCUGCUGCUGCUGCUGUAAGAUGGUUUCUGUGCAGGGAGCCUUGGCCGGCUCUGCAGCUGCCCGCCUGCCCGGACUCUCCGAUAUCCACUCCUCAGUGCACCUGACACGCACGGAGCCGGUCCUUUCCUGGAAGCCAGACCCCAAACAAACUGGCUUCCCCGACCAGUCCACUCCCAUGUGGGAGCUCAUCCUCAGAGGCACUGGGUCCUCUGCCUCCCUCGGGCGCCUCGCCUGUUUCAGGCAUGGAUGCCUGGGAAGGGAGUGAGACGCAGCAAUGACUUGUGCUUCUGCUGGGAAUAAAAAUCCUGAGCGUACGUGUGCUCUAGUCCUCCCCGCCCGCUCGCUGCCUCCGAGUCUCAUGAAGAAAGCUCGGAACACCUGCUCCACGGCCACAUCCAGGAGUGGCAGGGGGCUGGAGAGUAAUUAUUAUUUUGGCUUAUGCAACUGAAAAGCAGGGUUCGUUAUUACCCGAAGAGGAGGAGGAGUCUGGGGCAGUUAAUUAUAUAAUGCUCCUGCCUGUCAAAGCCGUGCCCAGCCCCGGUCUCAGGCGGCCUUUUCUGUGCCGUUGUUGUUUUCAUGGAGCAGGUUGGAGAGCUUCCCUGACCCUGGGGCGCUGAGGGCCGGGCGGGAGCAGACGGUGCUCCCUUGGUUCCAGGCUGUGGGCCUGUGUGUGUGUGUAUGUGUGUGUGUGUGUGCGCGCGUGCAGGCACAGGGAGGCCCGGGCAGCAGAUGUGGGUGGCUGAGACAGGCAGGCAGCCUGGCGCUUCCAGCUGGGCUGUUUGGAGCCCAGGGGCUGCUAUCACCCCCAGGCUCUGGCCAGGAGGCUCUGCAGACCUGUCCUCCAGAGGUGCUCCUGGCUGAGCCUGCUCCAGGAGGACUGUGCAGGCCGGGCUCACGCAGGGCAUGGGGACGAGAGGAGCCAGGGCUUUCGUUGUCUCUGAAACACUCGAGAAUAUCUGGGGGUGAGGCUGAGCACCCCACUCUGCCCACGCUCCUCAGACAUCUCCAGUGUCCUGAGGAAUCAUUUCUUUCAUUCAACAAAUACUAAUGGAAUGUUUGCUAUGAGCCAGGUGUGCCAGGCUCUGGGAAAACCACACUGAGCAAAGCAGACAGCCAGGUGUCCUAGGCUUUGGAAAAACCACACUGAGCAAAGCAGACACAGAUCUUUGCCCUCACGGAACUUACAUUUGAGGGAGAAGGAGCGGCGAUUAUGUUGUGACUUUUUAGGGAAGAAAGGAUCUGAUUCAGUGGCUGGCCGUGUAGUUUAGGAUCUGACGGGUUAAGGGGAGAGAUGUUUUUCUCCAUAGGUCCACUUCCCUGGGCUCUCCACUCCAGCCAGACAGCUCCCUCAGCAUCCUGCUCCCCUAAGCCCUUCCCCUCCUUGUGGUCGUUCCUGAUCGUGUCCAUUCUACAGAUGAGGCCAGUAAGGCCCGGGCUGUGUGAUUCAGGAGUCCCAGCCUUUGGCUGCAGGGAUCCCCGAUCUGUCUGGGACCAAACCCCCCUCGUUCUCGCAUCACAUUGCCGGAAGAAGCCCAGAUUGUCAACAUCCUCUCAAGGGGUAUGCGGUUCUGAGCUCUCCCAUAAGCAAAGCCAGGCAGGGAUGCAGAUGGGGAGCUUCAUGGCCGGCUCUCCCUUUUGGUUGGCAACAUGGCAUGACGGGAAAUAGAAUUGACCCUUCUGGUCUUGGGGACUCGGGCCUGGACAUCUGUGCCACUUUUCUGGAGGGCUCCCAGCUUCCUGUUGGGAAGGGGGUGAUUGUGGCACUGAGUGUCCCCAGGCAGCCCAUGGAAGGAGCCUGCAGGGUGUGGGGAUCGCCAGAAUGGGGCAGAGACCUCCAUGCCUCCUUCCCAGUCAACUGGUGAGUGGUGACAGCCAUGUUGCAGUGAGGAAGGAGUUAAUGGCCCCAGCUCCACUCUGACUUUUCCUUUGCACAAGAAGUGGGGGAAUAUUGGGCAGCCAUCAGCAAAGCUCCGGAACCUCAGCCCAGCUCUCGGCGCUGACUUGGGGAAAUGGCGAUUUUCAUGAAUGAUGCACCAGCGGCCAGCGUAUUCCACAUGUAGCUGGAAUUGGUGUGGAAUUUCAGCUGUGGACACCUGUGCCAACUCCUACUCCUCCAGGUGUGUCCUCCCCUUAGGGUACUUCAUGAUUGAGCUGAGUAGCUUCUACCAUCUGCAUGGUGAGGCCUGGGGGUGUGGGGUACAGGCACACCUGCUUGCAGUCACAACCCCAGCUUGCAUCCUGGGCUUGAAUCCCUGCCCUACAUGCCCUGUUUUGUGACCUUGGUUGGGUUACUUAACCUCUCUGAGCUUGUUUCUUCAUCUUUACAAAAGGUUGAUAACAAUACCUGUAAGGUGGGUGAGGAUUAAUUGAGAACGGUGUGCGUGGCUAUGCCAGGAAUAUAGUAAGCAUACAUUAUUAUUUACCAUUAGUUUUUUCAUUACAGUUUCCAGGCGAUGCAUGUCACUUACAGUGAUCAUUAUUAGAACCAACAUCUGGACAUGAGACUGGUGAUCAUGUAAAUGAUGUUAAAUAGCAACAUUAGAUACUUACUGUCUGCCAAGCAUGUGGCAAGUGUUAAAUGAAUUAUAGCCCUUAAUUCUUACACCUCUAGAGGGUGAUUAUCUUGUUGUUCUCAUUUUCCACACUGGGAAGUGGAGGCUCCCAGUGGGUGUGGGUUGGGAGGAACCAGCAGGCGUCACGCUCAGGACUGCCGUCCCAGAGCCUGGGCUUUUGCUAGGUACAUCGCUCUCUAAAUGCCCCUGUGCAAAAACACCUCCUGUUCUUUCCUCUCAUUUAUAUCUCUCGUUCUCUUGUGCGUACAGUGGCCCAGAAUUGCAGGUGAAUGCCCAUGCACAGACGGGCAAACCCAUACCCUGCCCAGGACCCCUGGCCCCCUGAGGCCCACCAUGCAUGCCGGUGCUGCACUGCACAGGUAGAUCUUUCCUUCGGGUGCUGUGUACACAGAACCCCUCGAAUCGAAAGUUACCCCCUCCAAUAAGCCCUCCUACACCCUGAAAGAUAUGAGUCAUCUCACGCCCAAGCCUCUCCCCCUCAUACUCAGGUCCCGUUCACCGGCCCAGAUUCCUCAACCCACACAAAUCACACACACCCACAGUCAGAAUUCAGAUCCCCCCAGGCGCCUGCGCACACACACGCGCACAAAACACCUGCCACCCGGAGACAUUUUCCACCCUGUCCCCCAGAACGCAGCCACUGCGCCCUUACAGCCUUGCUUGCUCUCCAGUGGCCAAGGACUCUGAAUCUCCACCAGGCCUGUAAACGGGGAGCUCAGAUGACAGAGGCAGUGGUGUGCUUCGUUUCCAUUUUAAACACACGUUUAUGCUGUUAGUGCCCUUUUAGGGAGAAAAAUCCCUCAUCUCAACAAAAUAAACUACCAUGGGGCAUAUGCUUUGUGCUUGGCUAUGACUAUGCAACAAGUAAUUUCUUUUUAAAAUGAGUGCCCAGGUUAGAAGGAAUCAGGUUCAUUGGUGCGGAGAUUAUGCCAACAGAAACUCAUUUCAGAAACAAGAAGUAAGCCCUGAGCAGUUGGAGAUGAAAGCGUUUUCUCCGAGAUUCUCUUUCCGCUACUUUGGGGGGCGGGUGGUGAAAGGCUCCGUAAGGUGAAAAGAGAAAGGAAGAAGCAAACAGCUAUUUUUUUGUUGCCAGUUAUAGCUGAGGAACAAAUGUGGCUGAAGGGCACCCCUACCCAUGUCGGCCCUGAGGCCGUUUGAGGGGCUUUGUGUGAGGAAUCCUGAGAUGAGCUGGCCGGGGAGUGAGGACCAGCACCCACCUACAGCAGCGAUCUGGAGUAGUGAGUGAGCAGCCCCAGCUGACACAGAGAAGGAGAGAGAGAACUCUGACCCCUUCUCUUCUGAGGACACCCAGCCGGAGAGAGCAAGAAGGGGUGGAGUGUGGGGGUGGGGGCAGGAGCCUCUGCUGUUCCUUUCCAAGACGUUUUCUUCCUGUUUUCCCCAAGCCUCCACAACUCUAAAUAUGACGAGCUCUCAACUGUGAGCUAAUGAUGUUGAAUGUAACGCCCUUUGUGUCCUUAGAUGACAAAAAGACUUGUGAGUACUAGAGGAGAGGGUGAUGUUGGUGUGAAUUUUCCACAUUGGUCCGUGUCUCCGUGGACUGGCCGCUUCCCCCGCUGGUAGCUUCCUGGCUGUGAGAGGACAUGUGGUGGAUGGAGCCAUCGCUGCACUGGGGUCCUGGCUCGAACUUGAGUAAGGUGCUGUCUUCCAAGUCUGGAGAGGAGAGAAGAGAAGAGAGGCAGUCCCUUCAGGACCUUGGAGAGCGCUCCCGGCUGCCUGCCUGGGUGGGGUGGAUGGCUGGACUCACUUUCGCUCUAGGCAUCCUCUUCAAGCCAAACCAUCUCUCCUUGCCAGUGACCGCCUGGUCCUGGACCCUGCAGCACACUCAACCACCAGAAGUGUGCCUAUGCCUGUGCCAGAUGUGGGGGCCACGCCUGCGAUCCCAACACUUUGGGAGGCCGAGAUGGGAGGUUCACUUGAGCCCAGGAGUUUGAGACCAGCCUGGGCAACAUUGUGAGACCCCCGUCUCUACAAAAAAUACAAAAAUUAGCCAGGUGUGGUGAUGCACGCCUGUGGUCCCACCACUCAGGAGGCUGAGGUGAGAGGAUUGCUUGAGCCCCGGAGGUCAAGGCUGCGGUGAGCCAAGAUGGUGCCACUGCACUCCAGCCUGCUGACAGAGCCAUACCCCAUCUCAAAAGAAAAAGAAGAAGUGUGCCUGGUCCUACUCAGUCAGUGCAUGGAUUCUAUGCUCCAGGAAGGGCUGCUACUUGGCAUGCCUGCCUAUUUUUUCACCCCUACCCUGUCAGUCCUUCCUGAAGA